GGGUUAGAUCUGAAAUGUUAUUUGAGACUGCGAAACCAGCUGAUCAUGAUCGCGAUCAGGUUUAGCGUUCGAAACCGAGUCUGACCUAAUUUAGCCUACUUCCUUGUACCGAAACAUGAUCGAUUAGAUGGUACUCAAUACACUAUCGUCGAAACGUUGAACAAAAUGAGGUUACUCAAAUUGAUUCAUGAGGUGAAAUGUCGGGGUGUUUGGCACUGAGUAGCAGGGUGAUGGUCCAUAUUACACAAGAUAAAGGAAACUGAUUCAAUAUCGGAGAACAUACAUACAGUCUUUGUAAUAUUUGGAAUAUUAGAUUUAGAGAACAUCUCAGAAACAAUGAUAUGUCAAACAGAAAACGCAUAUUUGUGGUAGUAUCAGGGGCGAUCGUGAUAAGCCUACUGAUCGUAACGGUAGCAAUGUGCUCUAUAUAUUCAAGGGAUAUUUUAUCUGACUGUCAAAAAGACUUCGAGGAAACUGUAUGUACGGUACAGGCAAGUCAUUAUCCUGACAAACAAAAAUGGAUUCCAUGUAAAAAAUGCGACGGUGAAAGAACAAUUGCGAAUGGGAAUAAUGAGAAUGGUCACCAUACAGACACAGGGUGUAUUACCUCUAGUUUCCCAUGUUUAAAUGUUGAUGUCGUGUACCACAGACAUUCGGGGGAGCAGGUUAAAGCAUUGAUGUUCGAAACAUAUAUGCAACUCGAUACUUAUCCAGAGUGCUCAACGAAUAUAUGCUACGAGCAAGAGCAAACGAAUUCUUUAUGGAUAGACGAACAGAGACUAUAUUGGGACAGGCGGAUAACUACUGACGUUAUUUGUUACGUUAACCCUUUCAACGCCAGCCAGGUCGUUCUUGAGCGAUAUGACACAGCGGAUAUACCACUCUGGUCGGCUAUAGUCCCAGGAGUUUUACUUUUUGCAGCAUUGAUUGUUGUCGUGUUUGUAUAUCGCAAGUGGAACAAUUUACCAUGCACAGCGUCUUCCGGUUUGCCUGACUCUACGCUGCCACGUAUGGCUUCAAAGGACAGUUUUGAUUCCGUGUAUAGCAUCAUUGAUCAACCUUCAGUGAAAUAUUAGAGUUCUUGCAUGACUUACUUGAUCAAUAUGAUACCCAGCUCUAUAUCAGCUUCAGUGAGCGCACGAACCUUCGAUACCAUGAUGUGAAUUCUACUUCCCUUACCUUGUAAUUUUUAUGGUGGGAGGAAUUUGUUGGGUAAACGCACAGACUUGAUGCGAGACUGGUGAUUAUAAAGCCGUUGUUGUAAAAAUAUAAGCGCGGCGAGACGAGAAGUACAGUGAAAGUACAGUGAAACCUGUAAGGUGGGACUUGGGACACCUCUUGAAGCGAAACACCUCUGUUUUCAGAGUACCAAGACCAACUGACUUUAAUGUUAAAUGAACUUUUGUAAGCGGAACACCUCCA